AUGGAAAAUGAAAUUUCAUUGUAUCCAACAGUAGGAGAAUACUAUGAAUAUGACUUGUAUUAGAUUAUGUAUUAGAAUGCAUAUAUUGAGUAUGAAAAAGGAGAAUAAUAUUAUGAAUAAUAAAAUAUGAAUAAGAGAGUUUAUGUGAAUUAUGAAUAAAGAUGGAUAUAGAAUCCUAGAAUAGGAAAUGUAGAUGUUAUAAAUUAGUUUUAAGAAAUGAAUAGUAUAAUAGGAAAUUGUAUAUAAUUAUUAAUAUUAUUUUAGAAUAUAAGUCAUUAUCAUCUAAUAAUACUCAUUUUGGUACUUUAUCAAUGGAAAAUGAAGUAAUAAUAUAUAAAUGGGAUGAUUAAACACUUUAAUAAAUUGGAUCAUCUGUAUAUAUAGAUAGUUCAUAUAAUUGUUUUAAUAUUCAUUUAUUUGCAUUUUUUGAUAUUUUGGUUGAUUGCUAUUAAGAUGACUAAUUUAAUUUAUUGAUCGUGUAUGAUUAAUAAUAUCAUAGUAAAUAUUCAUGGUAAUCAUCUCUGCCUAUUAAAACUAAAUUCUUAUCUAUGGUAAGUGAUAAUAAUACUUAUAUUAUUUAUGCUUAGUAUUAUUACAAUUACUCUAUGCUCUCAUUAUUUUCACAUUAGUAUGCAAAUUUAACUUAAUGGAAUAAUAACUUUGUAGAUUUUGAUAUACCUAUUAGAAUAAAUCCUUACAUUUACAUACUCACUUAACAACAGAUCCUAUAAUGUACUAUUUCUUCAAAUUAAGCUUUUUAACUCUAAUAUAAUUUCACAUCACCUAAUAUCUCCAAUUUUAUUUCCAUCAAUCUUUAUUACAACAUUCAGACUUAUUCUUAAUGUGAUCAAAUAUUACUAUAAUACCCAUCAGAUUCUGGAGAGUAAUUUUUGAUUACCUCCUUAUGGGGAUGUACAAACUAAAUAAUAAUAAACAAUAUCGAUAAUCAAUACAAAUUUAAUGAACCACUUUAAACAAUACUUUAGAAUAACUAGUAUAUAAUAUUUUAAUAAAAUCAAUUAAUACAUCUUUAUUAAAUUGGAAAAGCACUAGUCUUCUAAUAUAAUAAUAAAAUUGAAACCAAUUCCCUAUUAUAUUUUAACUUUGAUAAUGAAUUAUUUUCAUUUAAUGAAAUAAUAAUUGCUUAUAAGAUUUAAAUUCCAUCCUUAUAGGUCAACCUAACCAACAUAUAAGUUCCAGGCAACAAUUCUAAUUUUACUCUGAUGUGUUUUAAUUAAAAAAAGGAGCUUUAAAGCUAAAGUAUUUUAAAAAUUAAUCUUAUAAUAUUGCCUAAGAAUGAUACAAAUAUUUAUGUAAUGUUCAAUUAGAGUUUUCCUUAAUACUAAUAUGCAAUUAUGAAUAAUAAUGUUAAGAUCACUUUUUCCAGCUACUCAGGAUCUUUCUUAAAUUUUUAAAAAAAUUAUGAUAUAGAUUAUUUUUAAUUUAGUUCAACAACUUUUACCACCAUUGGUAGUUUAAGUUAUUAUUAUUUAGUGUAAUAACUCUCAAUAAUGUAGAAUUCUUCAGAAACCUUAUUAUUUUUCAUUGGGUACAAUAAAUCUUAGCUCUCUAUUUUUUAUUGCUCAAACUAUCCUUAGCAAUCUAAGCUAUAAUAUAAAGAAUUUAAUGUAAUUAAAAUUUCUGUAAACGCAAUUUCCCUUUAAACAGCUUAUAGCAUAUACCCUGAGAUUCUAAUAAUUGGACUUAGUGAUAAUUAGACAAUCUAUUUAUAUUAAUAAUAAUAUGAAGUUAACCGCACUUAUAGUAAUUAAAAUUAAACUUUUGAAUAAGAAAUCAUAAACUUUUUAGUUACUUAAAAUAAUGUUGUAAUUCUAUUUAGCAAUAAAGAGAUUUAAAUAAUGACAUUAGAUUUCGAAAAUAUCUCAACCUUAAACUAGGAUUAAAUCAAUUAACAUUUUUAAAACAAAACCAUUUAAUUCAACCCUUAAUAGAUUGUUAUGAACACACAAUUAUAAUCAUCCUUUUUAUUUAUAAAUAAUAUCUAUGAAGUUAUCAUAAUUUCACUACAAUAAAAUAGCAAGCCGAUCCCAAUUUAAUUGAUUUAAGUGAAUUUCGCAAUUAAGCAAAUCAAUUUAGUUAACUAAUAGCUAAUUUUAACUUUUGUUUGCAAUAAUUAUUAGUCCAUUUGUUUUCAAGUUUGGAACGUUUAAAAUUUACCAAAAUAUUAUUAUUAUGAGAAGGAUCUUUAUGAAGUUGAUAAUGACAAUAACUUGACUAUAUAAUCAGAUAAUUUGUUCUUUUAUGUCACUUUUCCUAAUUCCACUGUUUACAUCUAUAAUCCUUCAUUACCAUAUCAUAUGAGUUUAUAUUUUAAAACGACAUAACUGUCAAUAAAUAGUAUUGCCUUUUAAAACUAAAAUUCAUUAUCAUUUAAUUAAUCAAUUAUUUUUGGGUACAACACAUUUUAUUCACUUACUUAAACUUAAGGAAUGCUGAUAUAAUAUCUGUAAAGCAAUCAAUAUAACUUUACUUACCCAUAAACCAUUUAUAGUUACACUGUUACUUCUGCAUUAAAUCCAUCAGCCAUAUAGAGAACUCCUAAUUAAAGUAUUACCUAAUUAACAAGUUUCAGUGUGAUUAAAAAUAAAAGUGUUACUAUUAAUCUAACUCUUGAUGAAUAAGAUAACCGUGAUAAUCAUUUUUCAUAUCCAUUGAAUCUAUUGGUUGAUAGACAAUACUAAAUUUGCAAAAUAUUGCUCAAUAUUUCUGACUCAAAUUCAAUAAAUUUUUUCUCAGUUACAAAAUGGAUAGCUAAGGGUUGCGCUAUUACUGCCAAUAAAAGUAUUUAUAGUACUUCUAUGUAAAAUACUAAAGUUUCGGAAAAUUCUUUAUUAACAUCAAUAAAUAACUAGUUUGUUUCAUUACUGAACAACAAUUAAAUUACAAUAUUAAAUAAUAGAUUUUAAAAUUCUGGUUAUACAAAGAUCAAUUUCUCUUUAUGUCUAGCUUCGACAUCAUUUAAUUACACAUAUUAUUUAAUUUGUUAAAAUAAAACCUCAUAAUAUUUAAUUAACUUUACAUUAAGUUCUUCAGGCAAAAUUGCAAAUCAAACAUAUUUAUAACUUCCAAUAGCAUUUUAAAAUAUAUUCAAAAUGAGAAUCAGUCUAAGCUAAGUUUUCAUUCUUGGAAAAUUUGAUAAUUAAGAUCAAAACUUGUAUUGGUUUAACUAAUCCAACAACAGCUUUUUAUAAUUAACUUAAGAAUUUAGCAUACUAAAUGAUAAUGAAUAUAAUUGUCAAGAUUUUUCUGUAGAAAUAUUUUAUUUCGAAGGUUAUAAAUAACAAAAUAUGAUAAUAAUUUUCUAAGUAAUUAGAAAUCAACUCUUUUAUCGAAUAAUGGAAAUUUAAAGUGAAAAUGUUAUCAUAAAUCCUCUUAUUUAUGUGAUUGUUCAUUAUUGCAAUUUUUAAUACAGUUGCAUUGAAUUGAAUCAAUUUAAUUACGUUCUAAUUAUAAAAAUAAUUGAUAGACAAUUAACUUUCCUUGUAACUGAUACAUAUAGUGUUAGUCAUCUAGUAAGCAUCAUAAUAAACCCAGAAAAGAUGUAAUAGUUUAAUUCUUUAGCUAAUGUUAUUAGGACAAUUCCAAAUUAUUUGAAUUUUCUUUAUACUGGUAAUUCUGUAUAUUUUAGAGGUAUUCUGAUUUAAUAAUUUACCAAAAUGAACGAAUAUGUUAUGGGAAUUUAUUAUUUAGAUAGCUAUGAAAGUAAAAGUAUUUAUGAACCAAUUUUGAUGUAAGGUUAUUUUUAGACAAAUGCAUCAAACUAAUAUGCUGUGAUUGUAAAUUAAGAAUAUCCCAGUGUCAUUUCUCUAUAUGUUGGCCCUAAGGAUAAACUAAUUUUUUCCUCAUUUAGUACCUAAAAUAUAACUUGUAAUUUGGGAAAAAAAUUACUAUAACGUUCUGUCUACCUGAAAUGCUCUAACUCUUAUUCUAAUGGCAUUUAUAACAUUACAUUCAAUCUCCAAAGCAAAGAGCAUAAUAGCAAAGCAUAGAUGUAUUUUCUGCUAAGUUUAAUAAUAUUACUGCUAUUUUAUUUUUUCUAUAAAAUUAUUUCCAAGAUGAGGAGUCUAAAUUAGCUUAAUAUGGAUGAAGAAUUAUGA